UAAAAUUCUAUGACAGAAUACAGAGAUAUAUAAAUCUGACACAUAUUUUCUUUGUUUACAUAAGUCAGUCUUUCAACACUAAUGAAAUAAUUAUUGCAAAUGAAGUUAAUUAAUAAUUCGUUUCGUCUUUUCCAAUUUGGACUCCAAUCUAAAACACACCAUCGUAGGUUUUGUGGAUACAAUAUUUUCAGAAUACACCAAUGCCAAACAGAUUUCAAACAAGUCAGGUUAUUUUCCAAACUUAAUUAUGAAGUUCCAGACACUGAUUUGAGAUUGAUAUCAGACACAAUAUUUGAAAUAUAUAAAGACAAUGCGAAUGAAAUACAAUUAUCAACCCUGCACAAUGCGUUGCUCGAACAAGGUAUAAGGUGUAAAACAGAUCCCAGAUUCUCAACUUUUCAAACAAAUUUAGCAGAUUGGAAAGAAAGUAAAAAAUCUGAAAACUUGGAUGGAACUAAAUGUAAUAAAGAUGAAUUAUUCAGUUUAAUAGGUGACAGCACUUGUCUGGAAGUGAUAACCAAAACUCUUGGACGUCAGUGCAUCAUUCCAGACUUUCAAUCAUUCUCUUCCAAGAUUCAUGCAAUAUUUGACUCAGUUAGGCAUUGUGACACUGGCUCGCUUGCGUCUUAUAUUCCUCAGCUAGCAAAAGAAGAUCCCACGAAGUUUGGAAUGUCAUUAUGUACUGUUGAUGGUCAAAGAAUAGCUAUCGGCGAUGCUGAAAUACCUUUUUGUCUACAGUCAUGUAUGAAGCCAUUCCAGUAUGCAAUUGCAGUAUCGAAUUAUACAUCACAAUAUGUUCAUCAACAUAUUGGGAAGGAACCAAGUGGAAAUAUGUUUAAUGCAAUCAUGUUAAAUCAAGAGGACCAACCACACAAUCCUAUGAUAAAUGCUGGGGCACUAGUAGUGUGUUCACUAAUAAAACCUGAACUUCCAGUGGCUGAGAGAUAUGUUCAUGUUCAAAAUAUUAUUAGUGAUAUGGCCGCAGGUGAAUACACAUCAUUCCACAAUGCUGUAUUCCAAUCUGAAAAGGCAACAUCAUACCGGAACUUUGCUCUUGCUUAUUUAUUAAAAGAAAAAAAUUGUUUCGCUGAUGGUACAUCUGUAGAAGAGACAGUGGAUUUAUAUUUGCAACUAUGUGCAUUUAAAAUGACAUGUUCAUCUGCAUCUGUGGCAGCUGCUACUCUAGCCAAUGGUGGUGUUUGUCCUUUGAAACCAGAAAGAAGGAUAUUAAACUCUGAUGCAGUGCGGAAUACACUGGCAUUGAUGCACUCCUGUGGGAUGUACGACUAUUCUGGUGUUUUUGCCUUUCAUGUGGGACUCCCGGCAAAGUCUGGUGUCGCAGGUGGCUUAAUGCUUGUUAUUCCAAAAGUGAUGGGAGUUACAAUAUGGAGUCCUCUGCUAGAUGAAAAAGGCAAUAGCAUGAGAGGAUUGGAAUUUUGCAGAGAACUUGUUGAACAAUACAACCUCCAUGCUUAUGACAACUUGAGAUAUUCGGAAAGGAAAAGUGAUCCAAGAGUUUUGAAGCGUGCUCUAACCGAUAACGAAAUUUGCCUUUUGUCAUCAUAUGCACAACUCAAGUCAAUUGAACGCCAGCAUACACACCAUCUCAACCUUGUGUAAAUAGAUUUCCGACUCAGAAAAUAUUAUUGAGAAGUUUUUUAAUAUUGCAAUUUAGGUUCACAUCAGAAUGAUAUUUAUUUUAUUUCUGUGCUUAUAAUACAGAGUGGCGCUUUGUAUGAAUAUCCCUGCCAGCUUCAAACUUUUAUUUGUGCUUCAAACACCUCAAUGCAAUUGUGAUACACAAUGUUUUCAAAAAUUUAUUGUUUUGUCAUCUAGAAGCUUUUUGUAUAUACAGAAUGUUACAAAAUAUGUUUUCAAAAUCUUUUCCACAUUAUACACAAUAGAAAUUGCGCUAGUACUGUUGAUUAAUUUUCAUUGUGGAUUACAUCAAUCAUUUCAACUAUGAUGUCACACUGUGAUAUAUGACACACCAUGUUUGCACAAAGAUGUUUGUGUUUCCCUCAUUGCCUGAUAGUGUAACUAUAUGUUGAAGUGUUUUUAGAAUAGUUUUAUCUCAGCUUGCUUUAUUUUAUUGCACAGUUUAUUAUUUAUUUUAUUGCCAGUCACCUAACCAUGUCUUGAAUUUACCAGAUAUUGCUUGAAUUAAACUUAUUUUAAACAUGGAAUUCUAUCUAGUA